AUCACCAAAUUAAGGAAGUUAUAGAAGUACAAAAGAAAAAUUUAGUUUAAAAAUAAAAACUAGGCAAUACUACAAUAUCCACCCGCGAACCACCGCUCCCCUUUCAACGUGCUUUUCGCAUUUCGCAUUCACAGCUAGGUUAGCUUAAAACCGUAUGACCGAUAGAUACGUCCAUCCCUCCGAAAUGUCCGAGGGCCAAGGCUAUACUGGACUGGGCUAACUGCCCCUUGACUGAAUCAAUGAACCCUUCCUACCUAUCCUCAUCAAUACCAGCCCAGGUAAGUAAGUGCCGUAAUUCAUAUGGAUCCAGCGGGUGGGGGGAUGGAUGGGGUUGGGGGACUUUUCUCCCCUUCGGGAGCUGAAAUCAAUAGGCAUGACGAGGGGCGGAUUUCUUGGUGAGUGGCUUCUGGGGGGGCUUUCGGUGAUAUCACGCUGUGGAUUAUGGAUACUUGGGUGGAGCCCUGCUUGUGCUGCUGCGCCGAACUUGGGUUUUGAUAAUGUGUUUUGUUUGCAUGCCGAUAGAGAGGGAGAGAGGAAGGAUUCACGAUGGAAGGAAGGGGCAAAGCAGGGUGGGGAUGGGAAUUACUGUGCAUGAAGUUGUUGAACGGGGAAAAAGAAAAAAGAAAGAGGAGAAUACUGUAGGUGCCGAGGGAGAGAGGAUGGGGAUUGCACUCGUACAGUAAAUUAUUGUAUAUCAUUGAUGCCGUUCAUUCCAAGGCAAGUUGCUGGUACGAGUAUCAAACCAUA